AUGCGAAUAUUUCUCAAACUACCCAAAGAAGUAUUAUCAUUAAUUUUUAGUCACAUCGAGGAUCUAUCAAUUAUUGAGUGCUUGAUAUUCAUUCCAGGUUUACAACAUAUAACUUUAGAGCGAAAAUAUUCGAAUUUUGAAAUAAAUAGUAACAACAAGUCUAUCGAGAAGUUAGUGUCGCUUUUCCAAAAGUAUAAGUUCAUACCUUCAAUUAUAAUUGGAGAUAUAAAUCAAAUCAAUCAAUUGAUAGAUGAACCUGCAUUUAGAUUAGCCAAUUUUGAAGUAAAAAUCUUACGGAAUACUAGAUUUAGUAAUUUUGUAUCAAUUUUAGACAAAGUUUAUGUUAUCGGUAUACAUUUGGAUCAAUAUUUGGAACCUUUUGUUGGAUUAUUUAAAAAGACAGAAAUUAAAUCAUUUUUGGACUAUGUUGGAAGUAACAGUUUACAAUCUUUAACUACAACUCACUUGAAUCAGUUUGAAAUUCAGUUUCCCACAUCUUUAAAACAAGUAACCAUAAAUGGAGGUCAAAAUUUUGAUUUAAAUUUAAGUGAUUUACAAUACCUUGAAUCUUUUAAUUGCAAAAAUCUCCAAAAGAUAAGUUCAUUAGAAAAUUUCCAACUUCCAACAUCUAUCAAAAAUUUAAGACUUUAUUAUUGUGAUUUCAACAGUCUAGGUAAUUUAAUCAAGUAUGACAAAUUAAAACUACUUCAUAUAUCUUAUUGUCCUGAAAUUUUUGAUAUUGUUCAUACUAAGUUUCCAAACUCAUUGAUAAUUUUAAAUUUUGUUAGCAAUUUCCAAACUGAUAGUGAUGAUGAGUUAGAUGACAUAGAUGAUGUGCAAAUCCGUAUCGAUGGUGACUUUUCAUUUCCACCAAAAUUGAAAAAAUUAAGAAUAAACGAUACCAUGCAAACUAUAGAAAUAAGAGCCAUUAAUAUUUCAAAUUCACUCAAUUGUUUAGAGCUAAAAGGUAUUGGUGAUGUUUAUUUAAACCAAGUUUUAGAUAAUCUUCCACGGAAAAUGUUUGAAAUCAUUAUUGAGGAUUGUCGAUUUGUAUAUUCUGAAAAACCAGUUUCAUUUCCUGAGCUGACGCAGAUCAAGUUUUCACGAAAUAAAUGUUUCGAAGUUUUUGAGUCAAAUUUAAAUCAAUUGGAAUUGUUGAAAGAGUUGGACAUUUCCGAUAACAUUUACCCAGAGAUUCAUGAUUUCGAACAUCCAAUUGAUUCGCUAGAUAUUUUAACUCACAUGGAAAUAUCUUUCAUGGAAAAAGUAUGUUUCAAAACACCCCAAUUACAAAGUUUAAUUUUAAAAACUCGAACGACAGCACAUGAAUGUGUCCAUGACUAUUCGUCUGAAGUGUUAUUUGAUUGUAAAAAUUUGACCAAAAUAAAUAUGAUAAAUUUAAAUAUGGAAUUUUUGAAUUUUAAUGAAUUUCCCAAUUCAUUGAAGGAAUUGGUUAUCAAGGAUUUGAAAUUAGAAGCAAUGCAUGGCUAUCUUUUCACAUUGAAUGAAUUAAAGAUUUUAGAUUUACAAAAUAAUCAAAUUACUUUUUCAAUGUUGAAACAUCAGAUUUUUCCGUCAAGUUUAAUCUAUUUAAAUUUGUCAAAUAAUAAAAUUGAAGAUUUAAGUUGUUUAAAUUUAGAAAAUUGUGUAAAUUUGAAAAAUUUGAUUUUGAAAGAAGUAACUGCAAAAGAUGAACCAGAAGGUGCUCUUCAAUUGAUGCAAUUAUUUUCGGACCGCGGUACUGAUGCUAAAGCUAAUGCUAUCUUAACAAAUUACGAUUCAAAAGUGAUUUUCAAAUUUGUUAAUGGAGUUGAAGAAGAAUCCAUUUUGACAUCAAUUUAUAAGAAAAGAAAAAUUUUUUAG